UCGUAUUCUAAAUUUUAUAUCAGGCACAAUAUUUAUAUAAUUUUAUUAUUUCGGCUGCGUGAAAAAUGCACAAAUUACAAUAUUUUGGAAACUGAAAAAUAAUGGCUGAUGAAAAUAUGUUUACAAUGGUAAUGUGACAUAGUGAAUGUCAAGAAUAAAUCAUAUAACUACCAUUUAAAGUACGUACAGAUGAAAUGGUUUUUCAACUUACCUUGAAAUUUUACAUCGUUAAAAAGUUUAUACGGAAACAAAGUGCUCAAGAGCAUUGUUCGACCAUGUGAAAUUCAUAGUGACAUAACACAAACUGGCUAUGUUAAUAUGGUCUCACAAUAAAAGUACAUACGUCUUGCAAUCGUAUUAGCAUAUUAACACAGAAGCAGCACAGAUGGAAGGUCCUUUUCGUCAUGACCGUAAAUCCUUUCGGCUCGUUUAAUAAAGUUAAAAAACACGGGUAAUCCUCGUCUACGUAAGAAUUUAUUUGACGUCAUUCAAUUUCGAAGAAUCAUGUACAACGAAUGUUGCAAAUAUAAGAGAGCAAAAAAAAUUACUAUAAAAAAUUGUAAAAGAAAAAAAGCCCAUACAGUGAUAAAUGAUUACGAUUGCGAAUCGAAGGAACAGAUACCUCAGAAGAGCAAAAGACAUAAAAAAUCAAAAUCAAGAUUAUCGCCUGUACCCAAAAAUAAUCUCACGAAUGCCGAAAACAUACUAUUAAGAAUUCAACCACCUAUGGCCGAUAGAGAAAAAUACAUAAAUCCUCGUCAUGUAUUUUGUUUCCUUGAAGGACUAAAACAUCCUUGUCCUGUAACUCCCAAGACAAAGCCUUAUCCUGCUAAACCAAAGUCCAGAGAGCGCAUACGCGCCGCAACUACGAAGCAAGUAUCGUCGAAUGAAAAAAAUAAAACGAACAAAGAAAAGAAUGAGAAAAAAGUAGAAGAAAAUAAAGAAAAUAAAAACAAUCGGCCGAACAAAGGAAAUAAAAAGAAGGAGCAAAAGAAGGAGAAGAAAACUAGUAGCCGGCGGAAGAAUAAACGUGAGAAAGACAAAUUCUGGUGUUCCAAGGUAACUGAGAAGUCGACGAAACCUAAAGAAUCAGAAGUUGACGAGAACGACUACUGCAAAGAUACUAUUUGUUCUUUCGACAGUGAAGUUUAUCUCGCAGGUUGCGGCUUGACUAAAGAGGACAAAGAGAAUAUCGAAAAGAACCGACAACAGAAUAGUCGUCAGUCUGAUAAGAAAAACAAGAAUGUUAAAGAAGACGCAAACAGGGGCAAGAAUAAAAAGAGGAACGACAAUACGGAAAAUCUUAAAGAAGUAAACGCAACGAACGACAAAGAUUCAAAGGAGUAGUCCAUCUUCAUUACCAUUGUAUACAUACUCAUUCUCAGUGCAUUAAAUAUAAAAUUAAUCCAUAUCAAUUAUUCCCACGCAUUCUAUAUAUAAGGCUUUGAUAUGCUGUGUAUGCUGGUUUAUACUUCUUCCUCGUAGAUCCAGUUGGUUGGAGAUUCACUACGUUACCUAAUUAGAUAAUAAGACAGCUACGUCUUAUAUUUAAUAUACAUAUGAAAGAAUGAUAUGGAUAGUUGUUGCUGUGUAUGCCAUUAUCAAUGUAGCAUACUGAACUGUUUGGAAAAUGCUGAGAAUCCGAACGAGUUCAAUCGGAACGUCCCUUCAGUGGACGAACGGUCGUUGAUCGAAGCACCGGGAUUGCUGACAUCUAUUCAACGAAAAUUUGCCUCCUGGUAAAUGCUGGUCAGCGAAAUCACUUGAUUACAUUGAAGAUAUUGUAAUAUCGCUGAUCUCUGACACGUGUCGUGGAAAUAGUGACAAAAAUUAAUACUUACGGUAUAUCCGUAUAUUAUACUGAAUCGGAACUUGAGGAUAAGUUCUUAGGGAUGCUGUGCUACGCCAAUAUGCCAAUACGGUCUCCGAAGACCGAAAUGGAGAAAUGCAAGGCGAAGAUCAAAACUAUAUCCAUCCCUGAUAUUUGCCCUACAAGAGGAACGAGAGGAGUGGUGCUAGGAGGCACAAGUCUGCUGUUACAACCAUCAUCGAAAAGUAACUAUGUAACAUUGAAAAGGACAUUUUGUUGACAUGCCUUACCGAACACAUUGUCCGAGAUCCAAUCGUAACGUUUUAAAUAUGGGAAAAGGAAAAUCGACAUCGGUGAUCGAAUUGAAAAAUUAUAAGAAAAAAGUAUAUAACUUAACCGUUAUUGAAAUAUCAUAUAAAAAACUAUUUCAAUUAAACGGAUAGGUUAUUUACUUCAUAAGGUAUAUCAAUAGUAUCCAGUUAUCUAAUUGUCAGCAACGGUACGUACUACAGUUUUUCCAUUUACGAAACCUAUCUUGUUAUCUACUAUCUUGUUAAGCUAUAUUAUGGUAGAACAAAAGACAUUUAUAACGUCUUCGUAAUCCUAUUCGAUUCGUGUUCCUAUUCGUCUUCAUUUUCAUAUGAAAUAUUAAUUAUUUCUGCUUUAUUUACUUUUUAUAAGCAAUUGGUAGAUAUUUUAUUAAAUCUGAUACGCAAUUAAUUCAAAAGUAAUAAUACUCGAUGUGUGAGUUUCUAAGAAGGAACAUUUUGCAAAUUACUGACGUUUUCAUCCAGUUAUUACACAUAUCUACUGAAGAAAAUUACUGCUAAUUAUAAACACAUAAAGCUAUUCGUUGCACAGGACAUGCACUGCGAUCGGAUCAUUAUUAAUAAAGCAAAUGCAUAGGCAAUGAAUAUGUUCCAAAAGUCAUCGCAAUCGAUUUGAUUAUAACUGUAUAUAUUUAAAAUGAUUAGAUGACUAGUAUAAAUCGAUAAUGGAAAAUUAUAUUACCUGUAGAGUAUCGAUAUCAAGUUAAAGUUAUGCGAAAGGAUCUUGUUCGUACUGUUCAAUUCAAGGUAAGGCAUCUUGUACAAAUUUUGCCAUUAAUAUCAACUGUCUUUGUAUUCUAAAAAGUCAUCAUGUAAUAUGCUAUCAUUAAUAUAACGCUAUCGAUGAAUGCAACAGGUCAUAAAAUUAAUGCAUAAAGUACUGUACACCAGUAUGGCAAAAUGCGUCAUUGCGCGAUGCUAUCUAAACGAUUAAUCUUGCUACUUAUAUGAAAAUUGAUAUAAAUAUCUCCCUGAAAAUGAAUAAUUUAAUUAUCUAUAUAUGUAUACAUAGAUAUAUAUCGAAUAAUUGAAAGUUAACGAAUAACUUUCUUUCGUUCAAGGUGAAUUUGACGAAAGUUCAAAAAGAGAAAUGUUAACUUUUAAAAAUAUUUGAACCUAUAUUUUGUCACUUCAUUUUGUCCUCGAUAUUGAACUAUGGAAAAAUAUAUUAUUAUUGCGUAACUCAA